AUGACGCAAAAGAAGUUGCAGCACCGUGUAGAAGAAGAAGAAGAAGAUAACAGCGCGUAUGGGUUCUAUAAGCGGUUGGAGAGGCAGAGCCGAGUGAUGAAGAGCAAUCUGACUGACAACGUAAGAGCCAUUCUGGUCGACUGGUUGACGGAAGUGCAUGCCUCCCUCGGUUACGGGCCGGAAACUCUUUUUCUCGCCGUCAACGUCGUCGACCGCUUUGUCUCCCUCUCCCUGGAGGUGUUGUCCAUGGCUGAGUUAAAGCUUCUGAGUAUGGCGGCGCUCGUCAUUGCGUGCAAGUAUGGAGAGGAAUGGUUCCCUGCUGCUAUAGAGUUCAACAAAAUCCCAGAAACUUACUUCACCAGAUCUUUUCAUGGCAUCAGUUACAGUCAAGACGAAAUCAAUUCGAUGGAAAUCAAGAUCCUGAAGAAGUUGGAUUGGAAGCUGAUGGUUCCCACAAUCCACACUUUCUUGCUUGAAUUGUUUAGCUCUUGUGGGGUCGGGGAAACCGAUGGGGAGUUCAAGAAUCUGGCCUUCUGUUUCGGGGAGAUUGCGAUGAAUGAUUAUGAUAUGAUUGUGAGGUACUCUGCAUCUUCCAUCGCCGCCUCUGCUGUUUGUGCAGCGCAGUGCUGCAUGUGCAAACGACAUGGCUGGAACAGAGCUCUUGAAACCGGUUACUCCAAACGACAAGUCGUCUCACGUGCCGGACGUCUUCUACGGUUGCUUAAGAUGAAACCCGACAGAAAAGUUUUCAAGAAAUACUCUAAUUUGUAG